UCGGGGGCUUCUGCGUCGGAGAGGUCCGGCAGAGCGAAGCGCGUCAUUGCAGCAGCCGCCGCCAGCAUGUCUUCCAACUCCAGCCUCAGCACCAUGCAGCGCUUGGUGGAGCAGCUGAAACUGGAGGCCGGCGUGGAAAGGAUCCGGGUCUCUCAGGCGGCUGCAGAGCUUCAGCAGUACUGCAUGCAGAACGCUUGCAAAGAUGCCUUGCUCGUGGGAGUCCCUGCUGGAAGCAAUCCAUUUCGGGAGCCCAGGUCCUGUGCGCUGCUCUGAAGGCAGGGAAGGUUAUCGGAAAGUUCUCUUCAAGUAUGAGAAGAAUCCCAGCAGCCUUCCUUUUUUCAACGAACACUUUCUCUAAGCCCUGACUUUUGUGUGGCCAAAACAGUAUCGUUAGAUAUUUAUUAGUCUGCUUGACUGUCUUAGGAACUGAUUAGAUUUUUUUGCUAUUAUUUGUAUAAAUGAUUUUAUAAGGAAAAGGCUUUCCUUUCGUAAUUCAUUAAGCCUUGUUUCUACACUUAUUCCUCUGAGAUGUUUACAUUUUAGGAAGAAAAACACACAACCAAACAACUUUUUCCUUGUUAAUAGCUGUGCCUGAAUGAAGCACUCACCAGGUACCUUCUUACUAACAGCUUUGUGUUUUCUGAACAAAGAUGCUCAUGGUGGGCUUGAUCCAGCCAAAAUCAAGCCUUUUAAGGCUACCAUUCAAUGCAGGUUUGCCUCAGUGGGAACAAAUUUACUUUUGAGUAAAUAUGUCUAGGGUCAGGCUGUAUUUUCCAUUAAUUUCAAUGAGGCAUUGUUAAGCAUGUACUUAACUCUCCUUUUGAAAUUGAAGACUUCACUUAAAAGUGCUUAACUUUGGCUAGAGUGUACCUAAUUUUAGUAAGGGAACAGGGCUCAUCUAUCCUAUAUGACAUCCAGGCAGGCCGCCAGUGACCCUGGGAGGCCUUCACUGUGGUCAACCCUAGAAAUUCCUCCACACACCCCACUCCUGCAAGCUUUCUUCAGUGGACUGAGAGGAAAGGGAUUUUAAUGUGGAGGAGGUGCAUGGCAAUGGCCAUUCCUGCAUGCCAUCUACCCCAUGUAAAUCACUCUGUCUCUGGCUGGGGUUAGCAUCUUUGUGAUGGGAAGGAGGGUGCCCGCUCAUCCUCCCCAUUGCAGCCACUCCCAUACACACAUACAUACACCCAGAUGAUUGGCAUUGAAAAAAGCUCAGGAACACACUGAUCGGUGUGCUUCUUAGCUGUUCCCACUGCCAGUCAGCAGUGGAGAGAGGUGCAAUGAUACCUCAGCACACAGGGAGGAGAUUAAAACUCCUAAUCCCUGCCUAUUGAGAUUGGUGCAUGUGGUUUCUCUAGAUAUGCAGAAACAGGGUUAUGGAAGAGAGGAGAGAAGGCUGUGUGUGAGUGGGGAAAAACUCUGGCUGCGUUCGGACAACACAAUAGUCAAUGGUAGGUUAACAGUCAACUCUACUGAUCUAGGGGGUACUCCCCACACAACAUGUUCCUACACAACAGUAGGGGUUGGACUCGAUGGCCUUGUAGGCCCCUUCCAACUCUGCUAUUCUAUGAGUGGUUGGGGCUGUUGCUGAGUGGGCUAAUAGUGAACCCAGUAUUUGGCUGACAAAGCCCCCGCCCCUCUCACCACCCUCCCUCAGUCCUCCCGGUGCUUUCCCAGCAGCCUCUGCAAGUUGUGCAGGCUGUAGCAGAGCAGCCAGUGUGGUUUUGGCCACUCUUGCCUGGGAACUCUGUAGACAGCCAAGAUAGUCAACUCAACCCUGCAAAAUAGUCCACUGAGCCCGACAGACAACGUGCUAACCAAUGGUUGCGUAGAUAGUCAGCUGUGCAGAGCGUUGGCUAUCUCUGUUGGUUAUUUUGAGGAAGUCAUCAACCGUGGGGUGGUUUUUGCCUGACAGACAACACGAUAACCAACCGUUGACUAUUUUACCAACAGUUGACUACUUAAAUCACCAUUGACUAUUGUGUUGUCUGAAUGCAGCCUCUCUCUCUCUUUCUGUAUAUAUGUAUGUGUGUAUUUUUAUGUGAGUAGACGGGAAGGCAGAUGCUAUCCCUUGCCACGCCCACUGCCAGCCACCUCUUAGCCCUGCUCGUCACUGCCAUGUGGCCCACAACCGAUACCGCAUGCAGCCCUUGGGCCAAAAGGGUUGAGUACCACUGCCAUAGGGAAAAGGACAUUUUCUUUCUAAAACAUUUUUUGCUAUCCUUGAAAAUCAGUUGGGUGACAAUUUACAGAAAGAACUGAUGCCAUCUGUAACAAGAUGGAAUUUUUCCAACAUGCUCACCACAGAAGGUCUAGUCUGUCUUUAUUUUUGAUUGUGCUUUUUCAGAAAACUGUUUCUUUAAAGUGUCUAAGCUGUAACUCAGCAAAUCAUCACAUACAAAAACGCUACACUACAUAAAUGAAAAUAGUUCCAUAACCCAAACUUUUCUAAGGUUUGCAACAUUAAUAGAAGCUCUAAAAAUCUGUUUUUGGGUCGGGAUGCCUUUGACUUUUUGUUUACCAAGCACUUUUACACACACUUGUUUACUUUUUAAAAGAAUGUUCUGUUUACACACCAUUGUUUGUAUUAAUAUAUUAGAAGCUUUAAAAAAAAUAAAAAAAUCUUUCCUUAA